AUGAAGGACUCCUCGUGGUCGUUUUACUUCCUAAGUGCAAGUCGACUGGCGAGUAUCACCAACUCCGUGAUCCUGGCGCUGCAGAAUCGAGCGGCCUUCGGUGGUGUUGAGGUGCGCAACAUCAGCGAUGCGCUCGAAGGGGGCCGGUUCGGCGGCGGAGACCUGAGUGUCGGUGCCGAGCCGGCCAUUGAGAAACUCUUCGGCUCCCCGGGACCUCGACCGGCCGGCGGCGCGGCGGCGGACAUGAUUGCCAACGGCCGGACCCAGCUCCUGCCGACGGACUGCGGACGGGUGCCGCUGUCUGCCACUGCCCCAGCCCCCGUGCCGAGUAUUCUCGGCGGAGAGGCUGCGUUUCCCGGACAGUACCCGUGGCAGGCGCGCAUCCUGGUCAGGGAGGGUCACAGCUACGUGCACCGCUGCGGUGGAACCAUCAUCACCGAUAGACAUGUGCUCUCUGCCGCUCACUGUCUGAGAGACGUCUCCAUCAGUCGAGUGGAGGUGCGCGUGGGAGAGACCGACUUUGACGACCUGGGACUGUUCUCCAACUCUCUGCAGAUCUUCUCCGUGGUCAACAUGAAGUUCCACGACUCCUACCUGUCUGACCUGGCCGGAGGCACCUUCUCCAACGACAUCAUGAUGCUGCAACUGCGCCCGUCAAACGGCAGACUGAUAAAGUUUGAUGAGCUGGUGCAGCCAGCGUGCGUUCCUCGCUCGGGCCUCGAGUACCAAGGUCUUCGCCCAGCCCAAACCCUCGAGCCACCCCUUAGCUGUAACGUCUCUGGCUGGGGAAAAACGUCCCGCGAGGCCACUGUUACUUCUCCAGUCCUACGCGGAGUCGAGAUUCCCCUCGUCAGCGACAGCUACUGCGGUUCACCAGAGGCCUACGGGCGUCGUUUCCAGUCGCAAAUCAUGUUCUGUGCAGGGUUUACUGACGAGGGUGUCAACCGCGACUCAUGCGGUGGAGACUCAGGCGGGCCGCUCGCCUGUCCGUUGCUCGACUCAGGCCUGUUUGCGGUCUAUGGAGUGGUAUCUCACAGCCAUCCGAAGGGCUGCGGCCGCGAGCCGGGAAUGUAUACCAAGGUGUCGUACUUUACCGACUGGAUCCUCAGUGCUGUGGAGACCCAAGUGUGA